AGAGCUCCCUAUGCUGGCUAACAGAGACAUGAGGUCCUGGGCAGCUUUCCCUAUUCAGGACCAACCCUGGAGGACCACAGCACUGGUCAAUGAAACGGCAGCAGAACCCGUCAAGCUACCGGAAAUGGAGGACCAGAAGAGAUACAUCUACCAGUAUAGAGAGGAGGAGGAGGAGGAAGAGGAUGAGGAGGAGAAGAUGGAGGACACAGGUUGUCCAAAGGACCCAUCAAUGAGUCUGCUGUCUGUCCACAUGGGUCUGCACGGAAACAAUCAGCGAGCUACAAGUUGUGGCACUCUGGAAGGUGUAAUGGAAAAGCAUGGAGAGAGUCUGGCCACAGGGGGCGAUGUGGCACUAUGAAUGGGAGUGGGUCUGAGCUGCAGACGAUGGAGGGAACUCUGGAGAGGAAACACAAGCUGCAGCUGGGAGGGAAGAAGGCCAGGUCUCGAGCAUGGAGCUCCCAUCAUGCAGUGCUUUACAAACAGACACUCUGCUUCUACCAAGACAGAAGGGAUACACUGAGGAAUUGUGUGUGUGGCCUGUCUCUAACCCUGACGGGAGCAGAAUGUGUCUCAGCCCCAGAGAACACUAAGAAACCACAGUGUUUCAGUCUGCGCUUAAGAGAUGGCUCAGAGUACCUCCUCAACACAGCAAACCGAUUCAUGAUGAAGAAAUGGAUGCUGAAAAUACAAGCCAACAGUGUGCCCAGUGAGCAUGUCUCCUCCAUGAUGUCACCCAGCGACCUCUUGGUUCAGGACACCCCCACCCCUUCACCACCUCUUGCCUCUCACAAAGUACCAGCACAGGGAUGGACAGAGCCAAGGAGAUAG